AUGAAUCCACCUAUUGGCGACAACGGCAAUGUUCCCGGUGGCAAUGGUGUGUUAGCAGAAACGCGAUCCUGGCUAAAACGAAUGCACAUACACCUCCCCUACUACCAACUCCCGAUUCCCGUACAGACGCCUGUCACCACCAAUCCAGCUGUUACAUUGCCCAAGAAAUCGACUCUUGCUGCUGUUUCUAAUAACCUGACUGGACUGCACAGCAUGCAAUACGGCGAGAAAAUCUGGCAACGUUGUUGGUCCUACGUUAGCCCCUCACCAUUCAACCCCGACAAUGAGGCACCUUUGGAAGAACCUCUAUUACGUGUCUGGGACUGUCCUGGUGUCCCACAGAAACCUCCGGCCUUCUACGGAAGGGGUAAAAUGCUUCUAGACAUUCUCCGUUCCCUGCGCGAGGUCUCUCCACGGCCAAUCGUCAGUAACAACGAAUCUGCGAGGGAUAUCCUCGACAAGUACAUCUAUGAUGUAUUAAAUGCAUCCCUGCAGCUCCGAUACCAGAAUACAGCACAGACUUUUGAUCAAGCUCAUCCAUUUCGUUCACUUUCUCGUGACGAGAUUCCCGCCAACAUCGUCCAUCAAGACAUAUUCUACCCUUGUUACGCCAGAGUAGUUUACUAUCAUCAUAUAGAUCCAAACCCCUCCACCAGCGGAUAUUCAGACAAACUCCUAUUUGCCACACCUAACAAAAAUCAUGGAAAUCCGAAGAAAAACCACCCUGUUGGAAGUGAGGCUAAGCUCCCUUGGUCUUAUCCAACAUCUUCUUUGCAUGAUAUUGUCCAAGGAGAUCCAUCUGUUGUGAUUCCAGGCACCUCCCUAUUUCAACAAGGGCACAGUAACCCCCAUCCAGGAAACACUAUCCUACAGCAGUUGUGGGGGCAGUGCAACUCUCUUGGUCCAGACGUUUGCUUCAUGACAAAUUUGGAAUGCUUCUACAUUCUUGUUCGUUCUCUUCCAGCAGACCAGCAGGAGCAAGCAAAUAUUGGCCCUCAAGCUGAACCAGAUCUUCAUUCAGGCUUCAUUAUCUCCUCUCCCAUGAAAUGGGAUGACCCUCGCGUGCUGACUUGUUUGAUUGGUCUUUCUUUUCUUGCAAUAGAUGCAUUUACUUGGGGGCAAACCAUCAGGGACAUACUGUGCCCUCAGGGAGAGAGCAAACAGGUUGGGACAUAA